CCUGUGCUUGCGGAUGAGCAAGACUUUUCUCGAAUAGAAGACUUACGGAACUACGGACAUACCUAUAUCGACACCUGCUAUCCCGACAGUGGACUUGAUAUGGACAGGGCAUCCACACCAGACCAAUCCAUGGGAUCAAUGACGGUGACGUCAUCCGAUUCCAGAGUGACGUCAUCAGAAUCAAGUCGUGAAGAACGUUGUGAUGAUCUGUUCGAGACGCUCCGAAGAGAAAUGCAUGCGAUGCGUGCGCGUGACGCGGCUAUACUCGCCGAUUUGCAUCGCGUCGAAUCGCAGAUCCAAAGCGUCAAGAUGGCUCGACUGGGUGUGUAUGGAUCAUCUCCACAACCAGUUCAGAGCCUACCAAUCUGA